AGUGACGACCCUGCGGCCUGCGCCCAAUGCCCCAGUAAUCAUACCAUCUCCAGUCUCCAAUUAUCAAAUUGCACGAAGCAGCUAAAAAGGCCUCUUAUUUAUUUUCCAUCCAAAGCGGGAGAUUAUAAGCUGAUCAAUCAACAAUCAGAGGAAGAAGUAGACGUAAAGUUGAAAUGGGGAGUCUGGGGAGAGCAGUUUACACCUUGGGAUUUUGGAUUCGAGAGACGGGUCAAGCAAUGGAUCGUCUCGGCUGUCGCCUCCAAGGAAAUUACUACUUCCAAGAACAACUGUCUACGCAUCGAACUCUAAUGAACAUAUUCGACAAAGCUCCUGUUGUCGAUAAGGAUGCGUUUAUUGCCCCAAGUGCCUCAAUCGUUGGAGAUGUUCAAGUGGGACGAGGAUCAUCCAUUUGGUAUGGUUGUGUUGUGAGAGGGGAUGUGAAUAACAUCAGUAUUGGGUCUGGAACUAAUAUACAAGACAAUUCCCUUGUUCAUGUGGCAAAAUCUAAUCUUAGUGGGAAGGUGCUCCCUACCAUCAUUGGAGAUAAUGUCACUGUUGGUCAUAGUGCUGUCGUACAUGGCUGCACCAUCGAGGAUGAGGCCUUUGUUGGUAUGGGUGCGACAUUGCUUGAUGGAGUGGUUGUAGAAAAACAUGCCAUGGUUGCUGCUGGAGCCCUUGUGAGACAGAAUACGCGGGUCCCUUAUGGGGAGGUUUGGGGAGGCAAUCCGGCCAAGUUCCUCAGGAAACUUACGGACGAAGAGAUAGCCUUCAUCUCCCAGUCAGCCACUAAUUAUAUAAACCUCGCAAAGGUCCAUGCUGCUGAAAAUGCAAAACCCUUUGACGAGAUCGAGUUGGAGAAGAUGCUGCGAAAGAAGUUUGCCCAUCGUGACGAGGAAUAUGAUUCAAUGAUCGGCGUCGUCCGCGAAACUCCGCCAGAACUUAUUCUUCCGGAUAAUAUCCUUCCAGGGAAAGCUCCAAAGGCUACUCAAUGAGACGUUUUAGAGAUAGUUAUCGGAUUAUCUUAUCUGCGUGAAUUUGCAGAGAUUGGUUCAUCUCUUUCCAGAAUAACACACAAGUCAUUUUAGACUGUAGGUUGAUGAAUGACAAUGUGUCUCUUUGUUUGUAUACCUCUUUUGACCUAUGAAAUAGUUGAGUUAUACCCUCCCAAUAACAGAUGAUUUCAUGUCAUUAACCUGAGUUUUGUGUCCUUAUUUUGGAGCUUAAGAACUUAUUUUAAUGCAAUAUAUCAGCAACUAUUCAUAUGCU